AUGGAGUCGUUCAAAGAAUGUGCCAUCGAAUGCAAUCAGAACGUCAUGUGCCGGGUUUUCAAUUACAACGCAGUGAACUCUCAAGAAUGUCGAUUGUUGGAAGGCGACACGAAUGCUCUAGGCGAUAUUGUUAUAUCUUCUUCGGCCCAAUUAGCAGUUGGCGCAGUUCAUAUCUCCGCGAACGAUUUCAUUGAAUAUGUCCGUCCAUGUACUUCUUUUUGUAAAAGUCGUUAUUUGAUGUGCGGCAGCAGUUUAACAUGCGAAUGCAUCAAACAUACUUAUUGGGACCAAAUAUCAUUUACACUUGUCUACCAUACAGACAAUGCGGACGUAAGUUGUUUUCAUUGGUACUUUGUUGUUUCUAAAGUAGCUUUGACUUAUAUCACCUGCACAACUGUUGCUGGUUACGGCAAUGAAUCGUCGGGAAAUGAUGCAACAAGAAUUUAUGCACAUCGUUCUAUCUAUGUUUCGCCGAUUGAUGAAACUCUCUAUGUCAGUGUUUCGAAAGAUUGUCGAGUUGAACGUUUCGAUUUUGAAUAA